AACGUCAUAGGUGCUAACUUCAGAGUUAGCAUCAUAACCUAACCAAAUGUCGAUCGUUGUCUGCGUUUUAGUUUUCUAAUUCUUUGAUUAUUUAUUUCUGGCUGGCUUUUUGGUUUAUUAUUCUUAUUCUUGUAGAUAAAACUUCCUAUUGAAGUAACGAUGCCUAAUAGUAUGAAAGAUGAAUCUGAAGCAGAAGGUGAUGAAAUGUCACACGUUAGCAAUGACAGUAAUGCCACUUCUUCAUCAUCGGAAAGUAGUGAAGAACACAGUGAUAGUGAUGACUCCUCUGAAAUGGAUGAAGAUGAGUGUGAGAAGCGAAGAGUUGAAUGCUUACACAACCUUGAUGAUUUAGAAAAACAGUUUAAUCACUUGAGGGAAAAGAUAUACGAAGAAAAAAUGGCCCAAGUAGACAAAAAUUUGAUUGAAAUAAGAGGAGAAACGUCAGAGGAAUAUUUAAAACAUGUAGAGCGUUUAAGAGAUACUAUGAAAACUAAGGAACAAGUAGCUAAAGUUUUAAAAGAUUUUCGUUUAAAAAAUAUUCAGCAUUUAUACUCAUCUGAAGAGUUAGCAGCUGCUCAAAAUUUAGCAAGCGAAAAAGGACUUUUAUAUGAUGAUAUUCACAGUGAUCUUCAAGAAAAGAUACAUAGACUGGAAGAAGAUAGAAACAGUAGCGAUAUUCACACUGAUUUGUGGCUCUACUCCAAUGGUCGAAGAAGAAAAAGUCGAUCUCAAAGAAAAAGAGCAGUAUCUGUUACUGGACCAUACAUCGUUUACAUGCUGAAUGAUGCAGAAAUAUUAGAAGAUUGGGCCCUCAUUAAAAAAAGUUUGACAACAUUUAAAACUGAAAUUAUUUAAAAAGGUUAGUCACUUGCAUGUUUUGAAGGUCUACAAUUUAAUAUAUGCAAUAUCAAGUCCUGUUAUUUUAAACUAUUAUAUCAUAUUAAAACCACAUAAUGAAAACAGUAGACCAUACAAAAUUGUACUUAAAAUUGUAAUAAUUUUUAUAAAUUAUACUUAUUAAAUUAUGAUUGAUUUUGUCUUAGAAAAAAAAAUACGUCGAUUAUAAUUAUAGAACGAGUUUUUUUGAUAACUGUACAUAAAUGAAACAUGUAUAAUACUGUAAUAUAAGAUAUGAAUAAAAUGAUAAUUUACUUUAUAUUUGUAAGGAUAACAGACUGAGCUUCGUGAUAAUAUAAGAUUACUAUUUAGAAUUAUAAAAAUGCGCUCACACUAGGUCUUAUUCUUUCAUUCAUUAUCUUUGCAAAUUAAUAAAAUAAAUUAUCAGAGUGAGAGCUAUAAUUUUUACAUAUUAGAAAUACUUUAAAGAUUGUAGUGUAUCUUAAACAUAAGGGUGUGACUGAAAAUUCAUUGAUACUAAGUAAAGGAAUGUUUCCAUUCAUACUUGUAUAAAAUGUGUAAAACUUAAAAAAAAAUUGUAUAUAUAUAACAAGCUAUCAUAUGACUCACAAUUCAAAUAAAAAAAAAAUUAAUAAGUUACAAAUUUUGAUAUAAGUUUCUAAUAUAAUUACUAUUAUUAUUAUUAUCAUAAAGAAUAUACAAUCUUAAGUAAAGCGGCAUUGUUAAUAUUAAAAUUGAUCGAUUGUUUCAUGAAUAAGAUUCAAAUUUUUUAUUCUGGAAAGUUUGUCUGAAGGUUGUCUAAUAUUUUAUAGGUAGUAAUAUGUUUAUAAAAAUAUAAUUAAUCCCUACACUCUGUAAAUACCUAAUAUGUAAGAUGUAUUUUGUAGAAAUUUCUAUAAAUUUGGAAUAGUGUAAUAAAAAUCUACAUCGAUAA